GUCGCGUUCCGCCUUGGACUAAGUUGACCUUGCUUGACCCCGCAUUCUGUCAUCACGACUCUGGUUUCCAACCAACUCCACGCAUUCCGAGCCUCUCACUCCGCGCAUAUACAGCAAAAUGUCUGCGGCCUGUAUCUUCUGCAAGAUCAUCAAGGGUGAUAUCCCUUCGUUCAAGCUCUUCGAGAGCGACAAGGUCUUCGCCUUCCUUGACAUCCAGCCCCUCAGCAAGGGCCACGCGCUCGUCAUCCCCAAGUACCACGGUGCGAAGCUCACCGACAUCCCCGACGACCACCUUUCAGAACUCCUCCCCGUAGCGAAGAAAAUCGCGCAGGCAGUCGGUGCCACCGACUUCAACAUCCUCCAGAACAAUGGUCGCAUAGCGCACCAGGUCGUGGACCACGUUCACUUCCACAUGAUCCCCAAGCCCAACGAGACCGAAGGCCUCGGCAUCCAUUGGCCCACUCAGGAGACGGAUAUGGACAAGCUCAAGGCUCUGUUCGAAGAGAUCAAGGCUAAGAUGUAGAUACCUAGUUAGCAAGCUAACUGAUCCUAUAAACCUCAUGCGUGUCCUCCAAUCGCUGUGCGCAAAACUGCAAGGCCGUCGCUAAAAAACUUAUCCCAACCGUAACUCGCUCCUCGAAAGCGGUUGUAAGAAUGCUUGCUAGGUAGCCAUCGC